AUGACGUUUGAAGAAAAGCCUGAGGGCAAUGGGGGCCUUGUAGAUGAGAACCAGCUGUACCUAGGUGCGAGGCAACAGGCAAACAGGAAACCAGGAGCAAGUGGGAAAGCCAAGUUCUCUGCAAGGCAGGAGGUAAAUGACAAGCGCGGCUUGCCCAGAAAAAGCCUCAACAUGUACACCUGGCAGGAGAUCCAGAGACACAAUCAAGAGACUGGCCAAUGGCUGGUGAUCAAUCGCAAGGUCUACGAUGUUACUGGCUGGGCGGACAGGCAUCCCGGUGGGCGCAAGGUCCUCAGCCACUACGCUGGGGAGGACGCCACGGACGUCUUCAGAGCCAUGCAUCCAGACCCUGACAUUGUGCGCUUGUACCUUAAACCCCUGCUCAUUGGAGAGCUUGCUCCAGAAGAGCCCAAUCAGGAGAGAAACAAAAAUUCCCAGUUGGUGGAAGAUUUCCAAGAACUGCGGAGGACAUUAGAGACCAUGAAUUUGUUCAAUUCCAACCUGGGGUUCUUCUUCCUUCACCUCGCCCAGGUCUUGAUUUUGGAAGCCCUGGCUUGGGUAAUAGUGUGGCAUUUUGGCAGUGGCUGGCUUGUCACAAUGUUCAUUUCUUGUCUUCUCACGGUUGCUCAGGCUCAGAGUGGAUUUCUGCAACAUGACAUGGGACACCUAUCCAUAUUUAAGAAGUCCAAGUGGAAUCACCUGAUGCAAAUAUUCGUGAUGGGUCAUCUCAAGGGCCUAUCUGCAAAAUGGUGGAAUAACCAGCACUUCCAACACCAUGUCAAAACAAACAUCUACCUCAAAGACCCAGAUAUUAAUCUAGGCCCAUUUCUUGUUAUUGGAGAUUUACAACCUGUCAAGUAUGGCAAGAACAAAAUCAAAUACAUCAACUACGAGAAGCAGCACCUGUACUUCUGCAUGGUUGGGGUCCCCCUUUUCAUGCCGGUGUAUAUCAACCUGAAAUCGAUUCUAGCAAUGUACCGCAGAAGGGCCUGGAAGCACUUCUUUCCGCAGGACAUUGCCUGGGUCAGCAGCUUUUAUAUCCGCUAUUUCAUCACAUUUGGCCCUUUCUAUGGAAUCUUCGGAACCAUGGUGCUCAUAUAUUUAGUCAAGUUUCUUGAGAGUCCGUGGCUUGCAUAUAUUACCCAGAUGAGCCACAUACCAAUGAAAGUGAGCAACGAGGAGAACCAGGACUGGUUCAGCACUCAGGUCUUGGCCACCUGUAAUGUUGAACAAUCCUUUUUCAACGACUGGUUCACUGGGCACUUGAACUUCCAAAUUGAGCACCAUCUGUUUCCCACAAUGCCACGCCAUAAUUACCACAAGGUGGCACCUCUGGUGAAGUCACUGUGUGCCAAGCAUGGACUGCCGUAUGUGAAUAAGCCCAUGUUGAAGGCAUUUGGAGAUACUCUCAGGGCCCUGAAGAAGUACGGAGCCCUCUGGAAGGAGGCAUACUGCAUGCAUCCACAAACAUAAUGCAGAUGUGCAGGUGCUAAAGAGAAAACCACAGGCCCCAAAAGUGUCACUUGUACUAAAGCCCAUGAUACCAAACCUCUACAAUACCUGACAUAAUUGCAGUUACAGCCUUCCCCAGAAAUGUAAUCUUAAUCAACUAGUCUGGAAUUUUGGGGUAGGUGACGUGGUGGUAAUUUGUUGUGUUUUACUCCUUCUCCAUUCCUGCCCCUGGCCCAGAGAAAGAAAAUAUAUAUAUAUAUCUGCAUGAUAAAACCCUUGUAAUUCCUCCACCCCCCCCCCAAAAAAAAAGAAGGUGUCUGCCCUCAAUAUACUUUGCUGAUGGCUUCCUUGCCCCUCCUUUCUUCCUAUAAAAACCUUCCAUUUGCACAACCCCUCAGUAUUCCCUUCCGCUUUCUAACUGGGAUAUUGCUUG